UACUAUGUAUCUGACUUCACGGAGAGUUUAGUUUGAAUCGGUUUAUUUGCAGUGAUUUAUAAACCGGUUUAUUCUGCAGAGAUAGAAGCGGAUUAACAGUGUGAGGAGGUUAAAUAUGUGAUGUAUUUAGGUAGCGUUAGUUUACUGGGGUAGAAUAUUGUGUUUUAUUGAGUUUAAAGUGUUUUAAAUGAGGGUUUGUGUGACUAUAGAGGUGUGAGUGAGUUUAUAACAGUAACAGUUAUAGUUAUAGUCAUAUUUAUAGGUAAUAUUUCCGGUAUAGGUAAAGUUACCUGCUGCAGGUAAAGUUCUCAGGGCUGUAUGAUGAACUCUGAGGACUCUGUGGAGGAUCUGGACUCUCAGUUUGAUCAUUAUCUGGUGGAUAUGAAGCCCUUCGUGCUCAAACUGACCCAUAAAUCAGAGCGUCAGCGUUGCGCGCUGUGGAUUAAGAAGCUGUGUGAUCCGGUGGCGUCGGGUUCGGGUCUGACGGGCAGGAAGAAUCGUAACGCCUACGCCCGGCUCCUUUUGGUGAUGCUGAGACGAGGGGUCCUCGAGGGUCCCUUUACACACAGGCCAGAAGCGGGCAGCCUCAAGACUUUACCAACAUAUAUGUCCAUCUACUUCGAUGAGCCGUUAUUGGCCAGACCUCGGGGGCAUAGCUCUGCUGUUCUGCCGGACUGGGUCUCCAGUGAAUUGGGUCAUUCAGAAGAUACAUGGACCAGUUUACCAAAAGACUCGUCUUCACCCAGGAGAAGGAAUCUUUUCAGUGAUAAAUCUCCAUCCAGACCCUUCUCGUCUAGUCCUCUCAAACACACCGAGGACACGCUGGAUGGCCGGCACAGAAAACAGCCCGUCUCCAGCUUGGAGGACAGUGACCUAGAAGCUCGGCUCAACAGCUGGAACCUCGGGAUUGAAGAUCCACGGUAUCUGCGGGAGAACCCGAUCCCCCUAUCUCCAAUUCACCCCAAGUCCAGCCUAGUAAAGAGUAUCAGCAGUACCGGUGCUGAGGAGAGAGCAUCAGCACUCCUACCCAAUAAAGAGACUGAAAUGAGGAGUAAAGUUCUGGAAGCGAAACAUCAGGAGGAAAGACUGAAGCUGCAGCAGAAACAUGAUACAGAUGUUCAGAAGAUUUUAGAGCGUAAGAACGGUGAAAUAGCAGAGCUGAAGAGCAUGUACCGAACCAAACAGAAGGAGGCUGAAGAGGCGGUGAGGACACUGGAGAAAAAAGUUCAAAGCUUGCUGCGCGAGUCCCAGGUCAUCCGGCAGAGUAAAGAGAAGCAGAUCGUCGAGCUGAAGAAGCUGUCGGAUCAAAGUGCCGACUCCCUCAAAAACGACUGGGAGAAGAAGCUUCAUGCGACAGUGGCCCAGAUGGAGCAGGAGAAGUUUGAUCUUCAGAAGAAGCACACCGAGAACAUCCAGGAGCUGCUGGAGGACACCAACCAGAGGCUGGCCAAGAUGGAGGCGGAGUACAGCGCCCAGGCCCAGACCACCGAGCGGACGGUGCGUGAGCUGGAGGCGAGGGUGAAGCAGCUCUCGGUGGAGGUGGAGAAUGGGAACCUGCUCAGGCAGAAGGUCACGCAGGAGAAGGCGGAGCUGGAGAUCCACAUCGCUGCCAUCAGUGCUGAACUACAGGAGGCCAACCGCAGGAGUAUAUCUAUGCUGAAGGAGAAGGAAGUGCAGAAUGAGCAGUAUGAAGAAACACUGCAGAAACUCCACAAUAAACACGAAGCCGAUAUGAACCACUUCCAGCAGGAGCACGCCCUCUCCGCUGCCAAGGCCUCGGAGGUGAUUGAGGAUCUGGAGCGUAUGGUGGCUCAGCUCAGGCAGCAGCUGCAGGACAGUGAACACCGGCGACAGAAACAGCUCAGGGAGCUGGAGAAUAAGAUGCACCAAGAGACAAAGGAGCUUCAGCACAGCAGUGAGAUAAAGGUGCAGGCUCUGCAGGCCGAGCUGGAGAAGGAGCGAGCCGACGCCAGGAGGAGGAGCAACAAGCUGGAGGACGCUCUCAGGGAUAGAGAUGAGCAGUUAAGUCGUAUGAGGGAAUCUCAGAGGCAGCAGGUCCAGCAGGCGGAGCAAACUCUGGAGAACUUCAAGAAGCAGGUGGAGCUCAGCUCAGAAAAAGCCUACACCGACAUGAAGCAGCAGAUGGAGAAGGUGGAAGCUGAUCUGUCUCGAUCAAAAUCACUGCGGGAAAAACAGGCCGAAGAGUUCAGCUUCCAACUGGAGGAGCUGAAACAGAGAUACGAGCAGCAGAUCGUGGACCUGAAGCUGCAGCAGGAGCAGGAGCGAACGCACCUACUCCAGAAGCACAACGGCGAGAAGGAGGGUCUGGUCCAGGAGCACCAGCGGGAGAUCUCCAGCCUAGAGAGGCAGGCGAGGGCCGCCAUGCUCCAGCACCAGGCUCAGACCCAGGAGUGGAGGAGGCGCGACGGGCAGACUAUCUCUGAUCUGGAGGUUCAGGUUCAGGCUCUGAGGGAGGAGGUUCUGGAGGUUCAGGCUCAGAGGAAGCAGCAGCUGAGUGAGCUGACUGUCCUGCGGGAGGAGGAGCGCCAGCGCGCCGCUCAGGACCAGGACGCCGCGGUGUCCCGCGUCCGCGCCGAGAUGGAGAGAGUACGCCAGGACCUGGAGAAAACCCACACUGCAGAGAGAGAGAGAGCCCAGGAGAAGAUGAACAGUCGUUUGAAGCAGCUGGAGAGAGAGAACAGUCAGAGGGUUGCCAAGUCUGCGCAGGCAGUAGCAGAGCUGCAGACUGCGCUGUGUUCAGUAAAGGAGGAGAGUAUUAAGAAUAAACAGGCUCUAGAGCGCCAACUACAGGAAGCACAGAUGCGGUGGGACGAGGAAAAACGACAACUCAACCGAGAUUCAGACAGAGCCAGCAAGGUUCUCCAGGAGCGGGUGGAGGCCCUGCAGAAGCAGCUCCACACUGCUGAGAAGAAGCUGAUGACCCGGCAACUGGAGACCCAGGAGCAGAUCACACUUAUCCGUCAGGAGUACGAGCUGAAGAUUAAAGGGCUGAUGCCGGCUGAGCUCAGGCAGGAGCUGGAGGACACCAUCACCUCUCUCAAGUCUCAGGUCAACUUCCUCCAGAAGAGAGCGUCGGUUCUACAGGAGGACUUGGACGCCUGCCGCAACAGGAGGUAAUCUUCGUGUAUCUACUGGAUCAGAUUUAAACCUGAAGUGAGCAUUAUCUGAUCUCAGCCUGUAAUCAGACAUCUUCAUCCUCAUUCAGCUCAUUCAGCGUUCCUGAUUGGUUCUGUCAGUGCCAUAUUGUUUUUUACUGCAUUUUUUAAACAUAUUUAUGAUUUUACUUUUAUUUAUAUCCAUUGUUUUUUUUUUAUCAUCAGAUGAUUCCCGUUCACUGUGGCUCGUUUGUAUCUUGUUUCUUUUUGAUUUGUUCACCAGACUUUGUUCUUGUUUACUUUGAUGUAUGAAGGAGAAAACAACAUGUCAAAUUGAGAUGUCCUUUUUUUUAUUAUUAAACGCUGCUUUGUCAUUUUUUC